GUUACAUUCAUUUAAUCAUAUGUAUUAAAACUUUUAAAAUUCUACUAAAAUUGGAGUUUAUUUAUGUCUUCCUUAUUUGGGAAAUCUAAGUCGAAGGAUCCUAAGGAGCAGAUGAACUCUUGGACUUCAAAAUUGAGAUCAGAAUCAAGGGUAUUAGAUAGGCAAAUACGAUCCAUCCAAAGGGAACAAGAUCGUACGGUUCACAUGCUCAAGGAGACAGUAAAAAAAGCUGGGGAUAACAGAAAUUCCUGUUCAGUUUUGGCCAAAGAAAUUGUUCGUUCUCGAAAAAGCAUUGCGAGGUUACACAGUGCCAAAGCUGAAAUCAACAGCAUAAUUAUGGCAGUAAAAAACCAACAAUCAGUAGGUAAACUAGUUGGAAGUGUUGACAAAAGCACCCAAAUUAUGAGGAGCCUUGGAAAAUUGAACAAAAUGCCCGAAAUGAUGGGGAUCAUGCGUGAAAUGUCAAAAGAAAUGUUGAAAAAUGGAAUAGUCGAGGAAAUGAUGGAGGAUACAUUUGAGAACAUGGACCAAAGCUUGGGCAUUGACCAAGAUGAUGAGGAAGUUCUAAAGGAAAUAGAUGGUGUUCUUUACGAAAUCACCCAAGGUCAAUUAGGUAAAGCGAACCGGGCUGUUCAGGAAGAACCUAUCCCCACCACUUCAAAACCCACAUCCGUCUCCGAUAAAAAAGUGCGGGUCAGAGAAUUAGAGCGCGAAACUACUCAAGAAGACGAAGAGAACGAAGACGAGGUCAGGGAUAUGAGAGAUAGAUUGCACGCCCUUAGGAGUUGAAGAAAAAAAAACAUAUGAUGGAAUUUGAAAAUAUGUAUAUAUAUAUAUUAUAUUUAUUUAAUUUAGACGAAAGUUAGGCGCCAUUUUUUUAAAUAUAAAUUAAAAUAUAUAUUUACCUAGAACCAUAUUUUAUAAA